AAGGUUUUUUAAUGGAUUUAUUAUAGAAAAGCAAAAGCAGGUAAUUAUUUAUUUAACUUAUAUACAGGUUACUGGAUGCUCUCUUAGCAAAAUACAAAGCUGCAGAAAAUUGCAUACGUAUUUAUUCCACCAGAAAGUUCUCGCAGUCGUAAGACAGAUAGAAAUGAGGCUGGUAAAAGCAAAUUUUCUGGUAAAAGAAAUCAGAAACAAAAAUCCUCUUAAAGUAUUAGUUCGUGCAUACAGUGACGACGAGAUUGUUCCAAAUUUACUAAGAGGUGUUGAUUACGUAAGACACCCAAGGCUUAAUAAGGGUUUAGCGUUCAGUUUCGAAGAGCGACAAGUGCUAGGAAUACAUGGAUUGUUAGCAGGUACCGUGAAAACACAAGAGGAACAAAUCGCAAUCUGCAAGUACUCAUUGAAUCGUUACAAAAACCCGCUUAAUAAACAUCUCUAUUUGGCGGAGUUACUGGAUACCAAUGAGAAAUUGUUCUACGAGUUAAUGAGUACAGACGUGGAGAAAUACUUGCCUUUGGUUUAUACUCCCACCGUGGGUUUGGUUUGCCAAAGAUUCGGCUUAGUUUACAAGAGGCCUCGUGGUCUCUUUAUAACACUGCACGAUAAAGGAAAAAUUCGCGGAAUUCUUCGGAAUUGGCCAGAAACACAUGUCCGUGCAAUCUGUUUUACCGAUGGUGAGAGAAUAUUGGGUCUAGGUGACCUUGGCGCUUACGGUAUGGGUAUACCGAUAGGCAAACUGUGCUUGUACACUGCAUUAGCUGGAGUCCCGCCUGCGCAUUGCUUACCAAUAACCUUGGAUGUGGGCACCAAUAACCAGAUGCUACUAGAAGACCCCAUGUAUAUAGGAAUACGAGAGAAAAGAGCAACAGGCGAUUCAUAUGACGAGUUUAUUGAAGAAUUCAUGGAAGCGUGUGUAAAUCAAUACACUCAUAGCAUCCUUUUACAAUUUGAAGAUUUUGCCCUUGCGAACGCUACCAGACUACUGGAUAGAUAUAAGAAUUGUUAUUGCACUUUCAAUGAUGAUAUUCAGGGCACUGCAAGUGUGGUUGUAGCUGGUAUGUUCGCUGCGUGUAGGAUAACAAAGAAAAAACUAAAAGAUAAUAUAUAUUUAUUCCUUGGAGCCGGGUCUGCUGGCGUUGGUAUUGCAAACUUGGUAUGUGAUGCGAUGGUCGAAGAAGGAAUUUCUAUGGAAGAAGCUGUAAAGAAAAUAUACAUGUUUGACGCUGGGGGUCUCCUAUCGACCAAGCGACAAGGUGGUGUACCACCGCACGCUACCAAGUUCGGUAGGGACAUGGAACCAACAAAAGAUUUCGGAAGCCUUGUGGGGAGUCUAAAGGUGACUUGUCUCGUGGGUGCUUCAACUGUAGGCGGUGCCUUUACAUCGGCAAUAUUGCAACAGAUGGGAAAAAAUACUGAAAGACCACAAAUAUAUGCUCUCUCAAAUCCAACGGUGAAAGCAGAAUGUACUCCGCAGCAGGCGUACGAUGCCACAGAGGGUCGGUGUAUUUACGCAUCAGGUUCUCCAUUCCCGCCGGUAAAAUUUGGGGGUAAGACGUACCAUACAGGUCAAGGUAACAACUCCUACGUAUUCCCAGGAAUAGCGUUAGGAGUAAUCCUUUGCCAUGCCCAUCAUGUACCUGACUCCAUGUUUCUUACUGCGGCAAAGACCUUAGCGAAAUGUGUCACUCAAAAAGAUUUGGAUCUCGGACGAAUUUAUCCACAUCUUAAUGAAGUCCGAGUUAUAUCCAGCAAAAUAGCAGUAUCUAUCAUUAACCGUGCUUUCAAUGAGGGCCUUGCUGGAAUAUAUCCUAAACCAGAAAAUGUGGAGGACUUUGUCCAAAAAUAUAUGUACAACUCAAAAUACGUUGAUUACUUGCCAGAUAGGUACGAUUAUCCAUGCGGCGAUUCUAAAAUUAAAGUAAAGACGAUGGAAGAAUUGAUGGCUUCGCUUACGAAGAAAACUAAGAAAGGUCGUUGUAAAUAAAUGAAACUGAAACGUCAAUAAGAAAAUUCUUUGGAAAUUAUGGUCGUUUACGUAAUAAGGUGUUCAAGACAAAACGAUCAGCUUCCAUUUUUUCCUUAAAACGAUUGACUAUCCACCACGAAGAUUACAACAUUAAAAAUAUUUAAAUACUUAAAAAUGAGAUCAAAAUUAUGUUGAUAAAAGAAUCUUAUCCAGAUAAUAUUGUUCUGGCGAACUUUAAUGACAUUAUUUUAUUGAUUUAUUAUAUUUUCUUAGUCAUUGUUUAUUUACAAUGGGAACGUCCAUCUUUUAUUAUUUAUUAUUUUUUAAGGUUAAAUAAAUAUAUUGUUUCUUUAUA